ACUCGUCUCCAACUUACGCGACACUCGCGAGCAGCGCUCACUGCCAUUUCAGCAAAAAUAUUUUCAAUUCCAAACGCGAACGCGACGGAUGAAACUUCGACCAGUCGCUGUCGACUCUAAACUGCUGUGUGGUUGUUGUUGUUGUCGCGUUACAGGAAAAAACUGUUUGCGUGGAUCAAAAACUCAAGUCAAUUAACUAUAUUUGUGUCUCGCGUUAAAUAUUCCAAUUGGAAUAUACACCGUCCAAGUAUCUGUAUCAGGCGUGGCACUUGCGGACUCUCGCUAUCCGUAUAACCCAAUUGGAGCCCAAUUGAUCACACACACACAUACGCACACAAAUACAUGAAUUUUGCCUAAACUAGAACAACAGCAAGACAACGGAAACAACGAAAUGGAUGAUUUAGAUGCACUACUUGCCGACUUGCAGAACAGCGUGCCGGGGCAGCAGACCCAGCCGCAGUAUGGAAUUGUCCAGUCCAAGCAGCAGCAGCAACAACAACAWUUUGUGGACAAUACGCCCGGCUAUGGCAGCCUGAGGGGCAAAGCACAACAGUCGCAGCCGCAAGUGUACCAGGAACAUUACAGCGUGGAGACGCGCUCCCCCACAGCAGCUGAAUUCAAUGGCUCCGGCCAGCAGAGCAAUGGCUAUCAGCAUCAAGGCACUGGAUCGUUGCCACGCUCUGGCUACAGUAAUGGCCAGAAUAGUUCGGGCUUGUCGGAGCUGGACUCGCUGCUGCAGGACCUGCAGAAUGCGCGUUACAACAACGGCGGAGCGGAGCGUAAAGAAGUGGAGGUUCCCGUUAACUACAGUACGCCCGUCUCCAAGUACAACACCUUCAACAGCUACGCCUCGGUGGAGGAUCGACCCACUGUGGACAGCCUACUCAACGAACUGGAUAACGCUCACAUUUAUGCUGUGCCCAACGGAUCUGCACAUAAGUCGCCCACGCCUGGACGACAUGUAACUAUCACGGUGCGCGAGACUAAGACGGAAAAACUCACAGGUCCCGAUGGACCAGUUGGCACCAUCGAGGAGCAAAUCGUGCAGAAGAAGGAUUCGUACUCGCCAAAUCUUGUCGCGCCAGCGCCAGCCGUUAAACAUCAAGGCUACACAUCGCAGGCCACCAAGGAACUGGAUGACUUAAUGGCUUCGCUGUCUGACUUUAAGGUCAGCAGCAACGGUAGCAACGGAGCAUACGAUCAGCAGUACUCGACGGGACAGCAACAGCAACAGCAACAGCAGCUGCAGCAUCAUCAGCAUCAGCACCAACAGCAGGUGACGGACUACGCACAGCCGAACCGGGGCACACAGCAGCAGGCGCACUUGACGCAGACGAUCGAGGAGACGACCAUAGUCGAGGACAGUCGCGAGGAUCAGUUGGAUUGUAUGCUUGGCAAUUUGCAGGCGAACAUGAGUCGUCAGGGAGUCAACACAGUGCAGAAGGGCUGCUGCAAUGCAUGCGAGAAGCCGAUUGUCGGCCAGGUGAUCACCGCCCUGGGCAAGACCUGGCAUCCGGAGCACUUCACGUGCAAUCACUGCAGCCAGGAGCUGGGCACGCGCAAUUUCUUCGAGCGCGACGGCUUCCCCUACUGCGAGCCCGACUAUCACAAUCUGUUCAGUCCGCGCUGCGCCUACUGCAACGGCGCCAUUCUGGACAAGUGCGUGACGGCACUGGACAAGACCUGGCACACCGAGCACUUCUUCUGCGCCCAGUGCGGCCAGCAGUUCGGCGAGGAUGGCUUCCAUGAGCGGGACGGCAAGCCCUAUUGCCGCAACGACUACUUCGAGAUGUUCGCGCCCAAGUGCAAUGGCUGCAACCGUGCCAUCAUGGAGAACUACAUCUCCGCCCUGAACUCGCAGUGGCAUCCCGAUUGCUUCGUCUGCCGGGACUGUCGACAACCGUUCCAGGGCGGCUCGUUCUUUGACCACGAGGGCUUACCGUACUGCGAGACACAUUAUCAUGCCAAACGUGGCUCGCUCUGCGCCGGCUGCUCGAAGCCCAUAACGGGGCGCUGCAUUACGGCCAUGUUCAAGAAAUUCCAUCCGGAACACUUCGUCUGCGCCUUCUGCCUCAAGCAGCUGAACAAGGGCACGUUCAAGGAGCAGAAGGAUAAGCCCUACUGCCACGCCUGCUUCGACAAGAUAUUCGGUUGAACUGGCCAUAGCUGGCGUAUAAGCGUUACAUAUGUGCUGCAA